AUGCCAACUUUGAAUCUCUUCACAAAUAUCCCAGUCGACGCCGUCACAACUUCCGACAUCCUCAAGGACGCUACUAAAGCCGUCGCUAAGAUCAUCGGAAAACCUGAAUCCUAUGUGAUGAUACUGUUUAACAGUGGAGUGCCCAUUGCAUUUGCUGGUACCGAGGAACCUGCUGCAUAUGCAGAACUGAUAUCUAUUGGGGGAUUAGGACCAGGCGUAAACGGGAAGCUUAGUGAGACGAUAUCUGAGAUUCUACAAAUUAAGCUCUCUAUUGAUAGCUCUCGCUUUUAUAUCAAAUUCUACGAUUCCCCGCGCCCCUUCUUCGGAUUCAAUGGAUCAACUUUCUGA